AUGGCGAGUGUAAAAGUAGCGGUGCGUGUCAGGCCCCUUUUCCCGAGGGAGAAACAACAAGAUGCUUCAUUCAUCGUGCAAAUCAACGAAAGCACUAUCGCCCUUACGAAUCCGAAGAUACCAGAGCAUGUGGCGGACUGGGAUAAAAAUCGAGAACGCGUGCGAUAUUUCAUGUACGAUUAUGCGUAUUUGUCGGUCAAUCCAAAAUCCCCGGAUUAUGCCUCUCAGGAGCUGAUAUUUCAAGAUCUCGGCACGGAAAUACUGGAUGCAGCGUUCGAAGGUUACAAUGCCUGUCUCUUUGCUUACGGACAGACAGGAUCGGGGAAAUCCUACACAAUGAUGGGGGGAAAACCGAGGGAGCUCGGUUUAAUCCCCAGGAUAUGCGAAGGACUCUGCAGCCGAGUAGACGACUUUUUAGAAGAGGGUAUCACUUUCAAAACCGAAGUCAGCUUUUUAGAAAUUUACAAUGAAAGAGUACGUGAUCUGUUGCAUGCCCGCCGAAAACACACAUAUACACUUAAAGUACGAGAGCACCCAAAAGAAGGACCGUAUGUGCAAGACCUUUCCUGGCACAACGUGCCUGACCUGGCUGCUGUUCAAAAUCUCAUAGACAAGGGCAAUGCUAAUAGAACGACUGCAGCGACACAAAUGCACGACGCAAGCAGCAGAUCACAUGCUAUAUUUACUCUAAACUUUACUCAGGCAAAACUAGAAGACAAUCUGCCCAGUGAAAUAGUCAGUAAAAUUAAUUUAGUUGACUUGGCUGGCAGUGAAAAAGCCGACCCGCGGUACAGCAAAGGAAGACUUAUGGAAGGCGCCAGUAUAAAUAAAUCUCUUGUGACGUUAGGAAAUGUAAUUUCUGCACUCGCUGAAACUUCCCUUUCUGCCUCAGUGAGUGUGGAGAGCUUUUCCAGCUUUGGUAAUAGUGACGAGGACGCAAGUCCGAGAAAUACAGGCAGACGAAAAAAUACGUACAUUCCUUACCGUAACUCAGUAUUAACUUGGUUACUUAAAGAUAGUCUUGGUGGCAAUGCUAAGACUAUUAUGAUAGCAACCAUUUCUCCAGCCAGUCAAUGUUACAGUGAAACACUUAGCACCUUAAGAUAUGCCCAGAGAGCUAAACAUAUUGUUAAUAAACCAGUUAUAAAUGAGGAUGGGAAUGUUACACUGAUCAGGGAACUAAGAGCUGAAAUAGAUAAGCUUAAAGCAAUGCUAGAGCAGGCAAAUAUGCGUGGGUCUCAGAUGUCGCUUCUCAGCGAUGCCUCAAUUUUUGAAACGCUACAUAAAAAUGAAGAGCAAGUAGAGCUUCUGACCUCAGCAUGGGUGGACAAAUGGAGAGAAACCGCUGCCAUUAUGCAGGAGUGCAAUGUUGGAUUUCGAAGAAACAACAUCGGUGUCAUCGUUGAAUCACAGCUACCCCACCUCAUUGGAAUGGACGAUGAUUUAUUAAGUACAGGAAUUAUUAUAUAUCAUCUCAAGGAAGGCGAAACCAGGAUAGGUAGAGAAGACGCAAGGACGACACAGGAUAUAGUUUUGAGAGGUCCUGCCCUAGAUGAUGAGCACUGCAUUAUUGUUAAUGAUAACGGUGUUGUUACAUUAUUUCCACGUGCCAAUUCACUAUGCGCUGUAAAUGGAAAUGACGUCAAUUCACCAACAAAACUCGCACAAGGUGCCGUCAUUCUACUCGGAAAGACCAACAUGUUUCGGUUCAACCAUCCCGCUCAAGCUGCAAAACUCAGGGAACGUAGAAGCUCCAGUUUAUUCACCAUCAAAAAAUCACCAGAUCUUCCACCACCUGUCAAAGUGUCUUCUCCCACAGACGACUGUUUACAUGCAGCCGUAUUGGAUAGUUCACUGAGUCGAAACAUAUCAAGUAGUGAAAGCUCGUUAGGUCAAGACGACAUUGCGGAUCCUGUCGCACCUUGCCGUAGUCCUGUAUCGCCGAUUAUGAUGUUUAAUCCACAGUUGGAGAUUGAAAUGCAGCAAAAAGCAGAGACAGAUCGAUUAGAGCAAACAAGGAAAAAACUUGUUGACUUAAAGAAGGAACAGAAGAAAGUGGAGGAAGUACAUGCACAGAGACAGGAAGAAAUGGAAAAGUCCAGGCAGCAGUGGUAUGAUGAGAUUGAAAGGCAGAAACAAAGACUUGAUAUCAUAAGGGAGGAAAGUGUUGAAGCCAAAUUGAAACAUGAAAAAGAGCUGGAAGAGAUGAAAAUGAAUCUUGAAAAGGAGAAAGAUGAAGGUACACGGAGAUUGUCACAGGAGCUGGAUAAUCUUAAAGACAUCAUGUCAGGGAAAAAGACUGCCACUGCAGUGGAAACACAAACGGAUAUAUUAUUGUCACAUGUUCUGGAAACUGCACAAGUUAAUGUGAAGGAACUUGAUAGUAAAGAAGUAGGAAUGAAACGUAUCGCAAACAUUGAACUGUUGCAGAAAAGGUCACAGAAAAAAGCUGAGGAACGCAUCAAGAGAAAGAGCACUAAGUUUGAAAAGCAGGAAAAAGCAAACAGUGAACGCAUCAAGCUUGUUGAGAACCAUUUGAGAGCAAUAGAAAGUGCAGAAAAUGUGCAUAAAAGGAAACCUCAUAGACAACAUCUGAGUCCUGCUGAUAUAGACUGUAGAAUGGGUAGUAAGAGGAGCCGGAACAUUAACAAUCAUAGAAAAGCUAUGACUGAUAAAGAGGAGAGCAUGGCUUCAAAACAUGGUGCUAAACCUAAGCGGCUUGUGUAUCCGCAUGAGUCAACUUCAAAGACUAAUCAGAAUAACUCAGAUAGUAGUUUAUCUAAUGGCAGUGUGUUCAGCAGACUUUAUUCUUCACCCCAGGGAACAAAAUUUAAUUUUCUCCACCGAAAAAAUGUUGAGUAUGGACAAGUUAUUUCAUGGAAUAAGCCUGAUAGAGGACAUUACACAGAAAGAGGAUAUUUGGCUAGGAAAUCAAGAGAAGAUGGCACAAUAAGCCGUCAAAUUUUUCCUUUAGGGAACCGACCUAGUGAAUUUAACAAUAAAAAUAAGGGCCAUGUCAGGCCUUCUAGAGGAAGUGGAUGUGCAUCAAGUGCUUGGUCAAAGAAACAGCUUGUCAGAUUGAAAGGAGUAGAGUUGUCUUUCAGUACGACUGAUAUAGCUUGUCAGACUCCUGUGACAGAACUUGUGGAUAAAGCAAUACAACGUAGUAGAAGUUUAAGUCCAACACUAUUUACAAAAGAUAGUGGAGUUGACGCAAUGCCUGGUUUCGUCAGCAUUGAUGCUCAGACAGAGCCUGAUGAAAAUGUAUCAAAGAAAACAUAUCAUGAACCAUCAAGUCCUUUGAAGAGGAGUAGGAAUUCAUUUCCACUAGAGAAACAAAAACAUUUUCAGAAGAGAAAACCCAAGAAGACUUCUGAGGUUUUAAAACCUCUUACAAAGAUUAAAGCCCGCAUCACUAAACGCAAACCACACAAACAAAUGACCAGAAAUGCUACCACAAGUGGAUCUGAUAUUGAGGUGGAUUGGCAUCUUACAAAUGAACAGAGACAGCGUUUCCUUUCAGAGAGUGAGAGUUCUUCCUCGCCAAGGAGAGGACACUCAUUAGAAGAUUUGGGAUUACCAUUUGAAGGAUUCCAACAAAGACCAAGAGGUUUUUAUGAAAGUGUUGACUCAGUCUUUGAUGAGAUACAUAGUUCACAAAGUACUGAUCCCUAUCCUUGUGAUAGUUUACAAGGUGAUGACAGGUUUCUGGAUGAGUUAUCUGAGGAGGAACCUGAUUCUUUGGAAGAGGAUGUGAAUGAACCUUUGUCUAAAAGAAGUAGAUAUUUCACCUUUAAGCAUGUGGAAGAUCCAUAUCGAUUCACAAAUAUCGACGGUGCUCCAUUUAGCCCACCUAGGUAUGAACUUUGUGAAAGUGUUGACUCAGCUGUUGGUCUGAUGGGCACACACGAAUUUGAGGCUACACGUUUCAAUAUAGGAAGCUCUCUUGAUGAAGCAGAGAUUCUUAUGUACAGGGAUAAAGAUGGAAACAUAAAAGUUGGUGAUCCUCGUUUUAACAUUCCAGUCAAUACUGUAGGGAACUUGCCUUCACACAUACAUCCAAGAAGUGAAAUGUCUGCUGACAGCAUUGAGGCUAAUGACAACAUAUCAGAUGACAGCUGCAAUACUUCCCCAAGGGAUAAAAUAACAAAUGAAUCCAGUUUGUCUGAGAAUACAGUUAAACCCAUGAAUAGAAUGCUUUUCGCUAAUCAAAAUCAAACUGCAAUGAGUGUUGUAGAUAAUAGAAUAGAAACACCACACGAGUCAGCUGAAGAUAGUAGAAUCUUUGUUUCUAUUCCAAUAGUUGAUGAUAGGAAUUCAAGUAAAAGUCAUAAGAAAGGAGUGAGACCAUUGGCUGAGACCAUUUCACGAAGAACUUCAAAGGUUCAUUCACUAUCAAAAACUAGUCAGUCCUACCCAAAACAAUGUGUAGAGCACAGAGCAGAUAUAGUUUCAACAACUACAUCAAAAUUAGAAACUGGGAGUAUCGGUGAUACUUCUCCCACUGAGAGCGUAGGUAAACAGAGAGAGCUUAAAUAUGCUGGUCUAGUUUCUGCCAAAAUGACAGGUAGUAGAUGUACAAUAGCUGAGGGUAUAUAUAUUCCAAGGGGGAAGGGUGAUGUUAGAUCAUUAGAUAGUGAGGUUACAUUCGGUGACACAGAAGUGCUUGCAGAUAUGAUUAGUGAUAAUAGUAUUCAGACUGAGGUCUCACAGUUACUCCCAGGAUUUUCAUCUUGUGCUCCUCACCAUAUUGAAGAAAACAUGUCACCUAUAUCCACAGAAAACAGGAACAUUCCAACAAUAGUUAACACUGACAUUUCUUCAAUUGAAGAUGAUAUGAAAACUCAUACAGCCGCUGACAGUCCAGAGAACAGUUUACAAACACUUCCUCAAUUUGUUUCUGAACAAAUAGAAGACAGUGAGCAUGAACAAAGUGUAUCAUCAACCAUGGACACUGACACAUCUGUUGAGACUGUUAUUUAUAGAUCUCCAGCUGAAACUGAUGAUGGCUUAAUCGAUGCAUUUGAUAGGCAAGAUCUUUCUAUCAAUGAUUCUGUUGCAGUACCAGAUGGAGAUGUGAUGAAGAAAUGCAGCUUUGAAAUUGCAAAAGAUAAGACCGAGCCUGACAUCUCUUCAUUGAAUACGUCUGAAGAUACAACAGAUACGCAUUAUGUUAUCCAGUCAAAUGAAAUCCAAACAAUAUCAUUCAGUGAGGAAUACUCUUUGCAAGCUGUAUCUGGACCAGGUGAUGAAAAUACAGACUUGGAGUCAAAACAGCAGUUUGAUAAUUCAGUGAGUGAUUAUGCAAAUGUUGCUCCUGUCAACAAUGUUACUGAUUGUUUGGACCAAGCCAUUAGUAAGACACUGCCUGUACCAGGUUUAACAUCGGAAGUAGGUCAUCUCGAUGGUGCUCAAUUGGAGUAUUCAUUGAAUGCUAAUUAUUCAUGUAAAUUUGAAACUAGUAUGGCAGAUAGUGACAAUACUAUUUCCCUGAACACUAAUCAGUACAAUGUAUCAAACAUGAAAUCUACUGUCUUUGAUGUUACCCCUUCAGUGGAACUUGUUCAGAAUGUUGAUGAUCUUGCUAGUGGUAUUGAAGACGUAUCACAUUUUGUGAAAGACACAGUACUGACCAAUAACACUGAAGAAUCUUCACUGUGCCAUGCUGAGGAUGUCACUGCAAUGAACAACCUAUCUGGAACAGAGUUAUUUGACUCUUCCUUUUCUAACAAGAGACAUUGGAAACUUGAGAUGGAGUCUUUGAAAUCCGACUCUUCAGGACCAAAUACCUCAGCUGAAACUGGUUUAACUCCACCCAAAAAGAAAAAGGUAGAUGUAGAUGCUGCUUCUAACUUGGAAGAUCUUACUAUAUCUGAAUUGGUGAAAAAUAAUAUUGUGGAUAACAUGCAUGUAAAGUCAUCUUCAGAUGCAGUAGCUAAUGGCAGUUCAGCCUUACAAGUCAACCAUGGAACUGUUAGUCAAGCUCAUUCUAUUGCUACAAGUGUGCUGGUAAAGAGUGAAGAUGCAGAACCCAAACUUCGAGAGCACAAACAGGGCUAUAUUUCUCAAACACAAAAUGAACUCAUCAACACUGAUUUGGACCAAGCUGUACAGCAGAUGUCAGUAAAUCAGUUGGAAUCUGAGACUGUACGCUCAAUUGAAAUGGUUAAUAGUGAAGGAAAGGCCACCCACACGUCAGAUGUAAAACAUAAACAAGUUGGUAGGCGAGUUGCAAGAGCAAAAUAUCUUACAGCAUCAUCAAUUAAGACUGGUACCUCGCAAACUGAUCCAACAGACUGUGAUGAGUCAAGUAUGCUGUAUGAAAAAAUGGUUCACACCAUCGAAGAUGUGUCACCAUGUGAAGUUGAGUAUGUUGGUGUUAAAGAAGAUAUUGAUUCUUCAGAUGAUGACAAUUCAAGUGUUUCUGUUGACUCUCUUACAUCGUCAACAGAUACAGGUUCAUAUGUUGUUGGAGAUAUGCUGGAUGACCGAUUAGCUAUUCUGGAAGAAGAAUCUGAUGAAUACAGUGAUUCUGUAAGUGGUGAAAAUAAAGGUGCUGAAUCAGAUAGUACAAGCCAGCCAUCUUCUCAUGACACUGAUGACACAGAAGAGCUGAAUAGUACAAUAGAAGGGGAUGAAAUCAUAAUUCAUAUAGCACAUGAGCCAGAUCAAAUAGAAAGUGAAAGUCCAGCAUUUGUAGUAGCUGAAAUCCAGAGUCAUCCCAUGCAAGCUCUCUCAGAUGAUUCAUAUGUCAAACAUCUAGAUAAUCCGGGUGCAGCUAAUUCAGAAAGCAACAAAUGUGUUGCCACUUGUAAGGAUGUUAUUUUAAGUGUGCCCAGUCCAGAAGACAACAUUGCUGAGAAGUAUGAUGUUGCCAGUUUGCCACAUCAUGUAAAAGAAAAUAUUACACUGCAUCAUAAUUUGAAUUCUGAAAAUGAAGAAGACGUAGAUGCAUCUUUCAUACAAAAGCCAGCAAAUGCCAUUUCAACACUGCCAGGCAUAAUAUCGACACCAAAUGACCUCCAUGCUCAUCAUUUGCAGACAUAUCCAGAGUACAAAGAAGGCACUUUUUCAAUGGUCAAAGUACCUGAUAUUGCUUGUGGUGAUGUGGAUGACAAUGUUCCAAAAGGAAAAGAAAAUACUGCAAUGACAUUUGAAACAGAACACCCUGACAGAAUCAUUGAAUAUUCAAGUACAUUACCUUCUGGGAAGGUAUGUGUCGUGGGUGUUCCCGGUGUAAACAGAAAUGCUGAACAGGAAAUCAUUAUUAGUACUGAAGAUCAGUUGAAUCUACCUCAAUUAACAUUACAAUCCACCACAUUGCCAUUUGCAAAAGUUGAAACGACCAUUCCGAAUCAUGAAGCUGAUCAAUUUGCAGUGACAGGUAAAUGUGAGCUUUAUCAAGCCAUUGUUGGUAACCUAGAAAAUGAUCAUAGCACAAGUGCAGUUGAAUCCUCGACAACAUUGGUGCCACAUAAGUUGAAAUUGGUGAAUGCAGAAGUCCUAUCUCAGAUAUCAAAAUUUGAGAAACAAGAUUCAGUGGAUAUUACCAGACACUCAAAACAUCUGCAGGCAGAAACUAAAGAUGAGACUGAUAUACUUGUUGCUGAUCAGGAUGUGUACCAGGUAACUGUCUCAGAUACAACAUGCUAUCCAGCUGACCAGCAUUUAGUUUGUCAGAAUGAGAAUCAUCAACAGCCUCAUCAGUCGGACAUUGGCACCUUGGGAUUAGCACCUAAUGAUGCAUCUCUACAUGAGAGAAAUGAUAACAAUGUGAGCCCUGAAAUAAAAGAAUUACUAACAAAACAACUCCAAAAAGAUGGUUCAUCACCUAAUGUUGAAUUUCCUGGGAACUUGCAUGAAUGUCCAUCAUCAUAUGUCGCUGAAGAAUUCCCAACAUUGCUAUCUGGUGAGCCACAACCUAAUAUAUUUGUUUCAAGAAAUCCUGUCACUGAAAAAACACCCUUGUCUGUUGAAUCUACAGUUGAUGUUGAUGUAACUUCUGCUGAGAAAGCUGUUGCAUGCAUAAACGCAGCUGUGAAACCCACAGACCCAGUAGUUGAUGACAUAUCAGAAACAGUGCAAUUCGAUCAAACUAAGAUGUCCAAUCAGGAGAAUAAACUAAGUCUUCAAGCUAUGGAUCUCAAUACCAUGUCUCAAAGUAAUAUUCAAAAAAAGAUUUUUGACCACAUAUUCAACACAGAUUUUGACAUAGAAUGUAGCAUGAAUAAUGGAACUCAAAAUGCAGAUCAAAUAUCAUCUACUGACAUAUAUGAUGAACUGGAUACAGCUGAUGGAGAUGAUGGUCAUAUGUCAGAUGACCAAUUAGUUGCUGAUGACAACCAAGUUGAGAAAAUGUCAAAACAUAUAACUAGUGAAAACACAUCAAUACAUCAUACAGCCCAUGAUAUCGCUGAUCCACAAACUAUUUCAGCUGAGGACAUGAGUGUCACAUGUUCAAUUUUGAAUAAUACCACUGAACCAAAUAAGACUCCCAAACCUUUUCAAGGAGUACCUGCUUUCUUGGAGUCCACACAAACUGAAUUAUGCAGUGGACAAAUUCUUCACCCGUUUAUUGAAACAGUGCAAUCCUGUGACGAACCCUCUGAUAAGUCACCAUCAGCAUUUGAUCAUCAAGAUAGUGAGAGGGAAAUGAACAGGUCAUCUGAAUUUGAUGCCCGUUUAGCAAUAGAUGGGGUAUCAGUUUUGAAGGAGGCAUCCUCAUUUCCACGAACAGAGACUGAAGAUUGUGGCAUGAAAAGCAACAUAUAUACAGAACAUCAGAGACAUGUUUCAUCAAAUGAAACAAAAGGAUUAUCUGUCGAUGUGCUUGAAUAUGAAGAAAAAGUAAUAGAAAUGAGAAACAAAAAUCCCCACCAAAUGAUAAAGAGACCUGAUACGCUUGAUCUUUCACAAACAAACUUGUCAUUAGAUUGUUUGCCUAUGUACGAGAAGCGUAGUCGACCAGUAACUAAUAGUUUGUCCCCUACAGAAGAAAAAACAAAGAAUGAUAAGCAAUGUCAAUCUCCAAAGCUUCAGGAAAAGUUAGCUGAAGCUUGUGAAGAAGAAGAUGUAAUUUUCGAAGGGGAAAUUAGUGGUAAAGGAGAUAAAAUGGGGCCUGGACACCAGCCAGCAGAUGCUGGAGCUGGAAAAGGACAUACUGGGAAACAAAAAGACGAAUCUGAUAUGACUGGUGAUUCAGGGAAACAGCUAUCACCAAGAUCAAGGCGGGAUGCUGCAAAACUGAACCAAGAGGACACUGGAUGUAUGGAUGGUGAAGAAAGUGGAGGUUAUAGAGGCUUUGGUGGAGAUGCUGAAGCUCCUUCUCAUGGAAUCAGGGAUAAUCAGUAUUCAUUUGCUCAAGAGAGAAUUAUUGAGGAAGGACAAACUUCAUCCAUCACACACAAAACAAACAAGAAUAAAUUGAUACAUACUAUUAGCUCAGAACAACAACACGUCACCCAUGUUGAAAUGACUGCUUCAGUUAUAAGCAAAUCUGUAGCUGUUGAAAUACAUCCUGCAGCCCUAGUUUCACAGGUAACAUUAGGUAGGCGAGCCACCGUCACAAGGGAACUUCAAGAACGCUUGAUUACCAGAACAACAGAGCAAGUUAAAAAGAAAUUCACAAUCAAAAGCCCUGCUGGAAGCCCAAGUGUUACUCAAAGAGCUUUUGCAUUCCCUACUGCCAAAACAGAAAUCAGAGAGAUGUCAAAGUCGGCAGAUACCUUGUACUGUCCUAGUGUACACUAUAUGCAACAUGAACCUUCCUAUGGAAGUGUAGAGUCACUUAGAGUAAUUGGACAAACAGGAAUGUUCUCGAGUAUGAAAAAUGAGUUUGCGCAACAAAAGGCCAAGAGUGAGGAACAAUUUCCAUCUGAAGUUAAAGUUUCUGAAUUAUGUGGCAUCGAUGCAGAAGAUAAAUCAGUUGACUAUAAUCAACCAACACAGAUUCCUACAGAUAGUCUAGAAGAUAACGAUCAAGAGAUGCUAAACAAAAUUAAAAUGAGUCAUGCUGAUAUUGCUAAAGAACAUGAAAGGGAUGGUGGUUUAGAUGCUGGCAUUUGCAGUGACACCAUGGCAGAAGAUGGAUCAUACAUUAAAGAAUCAAAGCAUGAGCAUGAUAUCUUAAGACAUCAUAAUGAUCAAACUCAGUGUGAAGAUCCUUCUAUCAUUAUUUCAUGUUUUGACACACCACUUGUUGAGGAAUACCAUACUGAAAAAAGGAAUGAUCCCACAAUUGUCUCUACUCCAAUGGGAGUGCAUAAUAAGAUAAAACCUGAAUCGUUGCAAUAUGUUAAAGAGGGGUUUGAUAAGGAAGAUGAAAUAAGUUAUACUAAAAGACCUUUAGACACUGGGGAAGUUACCCACACUUUAGAAGAACCUCAAUACAUUGAAUCAAUGGACCUUCCCACUCAUAAAGAUAAAACACUCAACCAUGAAGAUGAUAUUACUGUAUGCACAGUGAGUUCCGGUAAAUCUGGAGUAAAACUCUCACAAGGGGAUGAAGUAAAACUCACACAAGAUGUAUUACCUGAGUGUUUAAAAGACCACUUAUCUAUGGAACUAAUUACUGAACAUUCCAGUGAUAGCUUAUAUGGCACAGAUAUUACCAGUCAAGACACAUUUAGUAGUAAUGUUAGAGAAGAAAGAAUGAAAUAUUUGGAAUACCAUGAAGAUAUUUCACACUGUAAUGAAGAGCAAAAUCCUUCAGUCAGUCAAAUCAAUGUUAUUGCCACAACACCAUACGUUGGUGACGUAGAAAGAGUGGAUAUACCAAACAAUGAAUCAAUAUUUCCAUAUGAAAGCGACCAACACAAUGAUAUUGAAUUUACAUCCAAAGAUGAUCAAUAUGUCAGCGAUGAAGAAGUAGCUCCACUGACACCCAGAACAGGCAAGAUAAUUAUUCUUGAGGAAAUACCAUCAGAAGAUGUUGAUAUGGAAGUGGAACAUAUCAUGAGGAAUGAACCAUCAUUAGAUAUGGCACCCCAAACCGGACUACGGGAGUCUGAGAUGUCAACUUCUCCAAUUAUAAUUCUAUCUGAACCUGGUGACACAUUGGACAUUCCGACUAUGAGUAGUAUAUCAGGAGAUGUACUUAUGAGUGAACAUUCACCUAGUUCAACUUGUAGCCAUCAAGGCAGUCUUGAAGCAAUGAUUAUUCAAAAUCCACAGGAUAACAGAAUUGUCUCAAUGGAAGAUCAGUAUUUUGUGACACAAACUGAGCCACUUAGAUCAGAUUUGUUUACACAGGAAGCUGAUCACGAGUUAUCUGCUGGAACAGAAAUAGGAACAAUCACACACCCUAUUCCACUUGACCAACAAAUUUUGACCUCUACUAGUUUGGUCAGUCAUGAUGAAUUAUUGAUGGGGAUUAAGUCACAUGCAGAAACUUCAAAUGUUAUAGAAGACAGCAAAAUGAUUUCAAGAGUGCCGAGUUUUAUCUUCCUUGAAGGUGAGACAUCAAGAAAGAAAAAAAGAACUGAAAGUACUAACGCACUGCAAAAGAAACCAAACAAGAGUAACCCAACUAAAGCCACACCUACUUCUAGGAAAUCAAAAAAGUUACUAAGUGAAACUGAAGUAUUUCCAACAGGGAGCGAUAGUAAGAGAGAACCAGCUGAAAGAAUGACUGAUCCUGGAUUUGAUAAUGAUGAACAAAAGGAUAGUGAUGAUACCAUCAAGGAAGUUAUUAUUCCAUCUGAUGAUAAUGUCAAACCCACAGAGACAGCUGGAUCUGCUGAAAUGGAUGGCCAAAUUAAUGUUGUAUUUGCACCAUCAAUGGCAGUGGAAUAUCCAGCUGAUGAGCAAAGAUAUAGAUAUAGAGAUGAUGCAAUCAAGGAUGCUAUUAUUGCAUCUGAUGAUAAAAUCACACCGGCAGUGCGGACAUCUCAAUCGGCAGAAAUUGAUGGGCAAAUGGAUGUGGUAAUUGAUGAAGACAACCCUACAAUGACACAAGAAUUUGCUGGAAUGAAUGGGCAAAUUAAUGUGGUAAUUGCGCCAUCAAUGAAAUUAGACUCUCUAGCUGACGAGCAAAAUGAUAGUGAUGAUGCCAUCAAGGACGCCGUUAUUCUAUCUGAGAACGAAAUCAAACCCGCACUGACACCUGAAUCUGCUGAAAUGGAUAGUCAAAUAGAUGUUUCAAGUGUGCCAUUAUUGACAAUAGAAUAUUCAGCUGAUGCAAAAAAAGAUAGUGAUGAUGAAGUCAAGGACACAAUUAUAUCAUCUGAUGAUAAAAUCACACCCACGCCAACACCUGAAUCUGCUGAACUGCACAAGCAAAUGAAUUUUGCAAAUGCACCAUCAAUGACAGUAGCUGAUGAAAUUGUAGGGCAAAUGGAUGUUGAUAUUGCACCAACAAUUACAGUAGAAUAUCCAGCUGAUGAGCAAAAAGAUAGUGAUGAUGCCGUCAAGGAUGCUGUUAUUGCAUCUGAAGAUGAAAUCAAACCUACACUGACACCUGAAUCUGGUGAAACGGAUGGCCAAAUUAAUGUUGUAUUGGCACCAUCAAUGACAAGGGAAUAUCCAGCUGAUGAGCAAAAGUAUAGUGAUGAUGCCAUCAAGGACGCUGUUAUUGCAUCUGAGGAUGAAAUCAAAUCUACUCUGACACCUGAAUCUGCUGACACGGAUAUGCAAAUGGAUGAUGAAAUUGCACCAUCAAUGACAAUAGAAUAUUCCAGUUGA